AUGCAAGCUGUUCGUCAGUGUUCAGUGUGCGCCAGCCGUGCUGCUGGAGGACUUCUGCAAAAUCAGACAGACGUUUCACUGCUGUGGACAAACAAGGGUGCACUCAGGAGAGGAGCAGCAUGUAUCCGUUUCCUAAGCAGUUCUGAGAGUGUCCUCUUCAGAAGCAGGAAGGCCGGAGUGCUGAAGGUGGGGGAAUGGACAGAUACCGCGGACGUGAGCAGAGCAUCUUUAAGUGUAGGCCGUGGGCUUUGUGCUGUCCCUUUUGCACAGCAAGUGGAAAACCUCUCUCAUGACUCCCUGAUCAGAAGAGCAGCCUCAGUGGUUACAGACAGUUCAAGUACUUUCCUCUCUCAGACCACCUUGGCCCUCAUAGAUGCCAUUACAGCCUAUUCAAAGGCGAUCUACGCACGCAUUGCCGUUCAAAGACGGUAUUUAGCCUCAGUGGGAAAACUGACCCCCGCUGAGGAGGAUUCGCUCCUGGAGGUGAUCAAUGGCCACCGUGCACAGGUUAGUGAGAGACUAGUUGAAUGCAGACGUUUUGAGUCAACCUGGAUCAAUGCUGUCGAGCUGUGUAAAAUGUCAGCUGAGGCAGCACACAGUUCAGGAGCCGAGCAGGCAGCUAUCACAGUGAGGACGAACAUUCAGGUGGCCCAGUCGCAGGUGGAGGAGGCACAGAAACUCUCAGUGGAUGCAGAGAAAAAGUUGGCCGAGACUAAAGUAGAAGAGAUCCAACGGAUGGCAGAAUAUGCUGCCUUUCGAGAAGAUAGUGAGGAACAUGAGCUUCAUGAGGCUUAUCUGCGAGAGGACUAA